AUGCACUCACUUUCUCUGUCUGGCUCGCCCUGGAUCAAAUCGAUUCGAUUCUUUGUACCGCCCAACCGAGUCCAGCCAGAAUCUAUUUCCACCUCUCCUCCUCUUCCACAACCACCACCACCACCACCACAACCUCAAUAUCCCAUAUUUGCUUUUUCCCACUCCACAUUCUCCAUCCCCUUUCUCGUCCAAGAGUCGUCUCAUCUUGGGAACGAUCACCAACCACCAACAUCUUCAGCCCCCAAUAUAUCCACGUCCACUCCGCAGCGGCUGGCUGGUGUUGCAUCAGACCCAGCCCCCAGAGCAAAUAAUAGCAGAAAACAGAGCAGAGCCUCCCCUUCCUAUUUAUUGGUUGAGUUCCAUCAUAUUUAG